AUGCCAAAUUUCGAUAGUCGACACUCUUUCCUUGUCCUUAAUCAACCAUUCAUUGUAGAUAAAGGAUUUGAAAUAGUUAAAGCCAUUGGGAAAGGCUCUUUUGGAUUAAUAUGCUCAGCUAAAUAUACAGAAGCUGUAGAUUCUACAAUGGUCGCUAUAAAACAGAUAGAUAGCGCAUUUCAAAACUCAAGAACUGCAAAAAGGGCUUUGCGUGAAUUAAAACUUUUGAGACAUUUUAGAAAUCACAAAAAUAUUACUUGUUUAUAUGACACUGACAUCGUAAUGCAUCCUGAUGGGGUAGCACGGCUAUAUAUUUAUGAGGAGCUGGUCGAUUGUGACUUGUAUCAAAUUCUUCACUCGGGACAAUCGUUGACCGACUCUCAUUACCAAUGUUUUAUCUAUCAAAUUUUAUGUGGCCUUAAGUUUAUACAUUCUGCCAAUGUUUUACAUCGUGACAUUAAACCUGGAAAUUUACUGGUUAAUGCAGAUUGUCAACUGAAAAUAUGCGAUUUUGGACUUUCCCGCGGUUAUUCCAAUAAUAUGACAGAAAAUGAACAAUUUGUUACUGAAUAUGUGCCAACUAAAUGGUACAGGGCACCGGAAAUUAUGUUAAGCUACCAAGGUUAUUCGACAGCGGUAGAUGUUUGGUCUACAGGUUGUAUAUUAGCAGAAUUCCUAAAUGGAAAACCAAUGUUUGAAGGAGAUGAUUAUGUGAAUCAGUUGAAUAAAAUACUCCAGGUACUAGGGAGUCCAAAUAUUGAAACAAUAAAAAAAAUUAACUCAAAGAAUGUUCAAGAUUAUAUAUUACAAUUGGGGAAUAUUCCAAAAAUUCCCUUUCCUGUGCUAUUUCCUAAUGCAACAAAGAAUGCAAUUGACUUGUUAGAGAAAAUGUUAACAUUUGAUCCAGCUGAAAGAAUAACAGUUGAAUCUGCAUUAGCACAUCCAUAUCUUUCUGUGUGGCAUGACUCAGACGAUGAACCUGUUUGUCCUCAAAAGGUUGAUUUUAUGUUUGAAAAAGUAGAUGAUCUUGAUCUUUUGAAAGAAAUGAUUAUAAAUGAGGUCAACGAUUUUAGGAGAUUUGCAAGAGAACCCUUUGCUGAGAUGGAAGAUCUACUCUUGGAGGAUCAAGAAGAUGCCUUAGAAAUGCAAGAUGAUAAUAAGUCAUUAGUGUUAAACGGAGACAUUAAAACAAGGCCGCAAGUUGGCUCCUCCUUUAGCGAUCUGAGCCUUACCGGAAUGCAUGAUUUAAAUGUAGAAAGAAAUUCACAAGAACCAUUUACUACAGAAACAACUGCUAGAAAAUCAUCGUCAACAACUGGCGAUAGCAUUCAACCAUCUGUAACGAUGCUAGCGGAACCGGAUACCAACAUAUCUUUCCUUCAGUCAAGAUCUUCAGAUAGCAGCAACGAUAAUAAAUUUUCUGAUCUGGAAAAAGAGCUACAGACCGGAUUAGACGGGAAAUCUUUCUAA